GUGAUAACUUGGUAGCGUAGGUAUUUGUGCACACUUGUGGGCUUUACUACCAUCACCACCACCAUGGGAGCUAACGAGUCCGUGCCCGAUGAUGAAAACAAAUCCGCCGAAAAUCAUGACAAAAAAACAAGUGUUGGUAAAAAUAAGAAGAGCGGAACGAGUGGUAAUGUCAAGCAGAAAAAGCCGGGAAAAAAAACAAAGUUUAUCGACAAAAAGAAGGCCAUCACAUUUCAGGUUGUUCAUCGGAGUCAGAAAGAUCCCUUACAGGCUGAUGAUGAAAGUUCACAGCACGUACUCAGACCGCUAGAAGAGGAAAAACGUAAGGAAGACCAACGAAGUUUUGGUGUUUAUUACGACGAUGAAUAUAAUUAUAUGCAACAUUUGAAAGAUCCCAAGGCUGAAAACGAACUAGUUCAAAUAUCACAGCCUGCCAAAAAAGAUGAAAAGGAGCCAAAGAUCAAACUGCCUGCCUCGGUAUUUGCCUCAGACACUGAAGAAAAGACUGGAAUGCUAAACAAAGCUGCACCUAUUUCAGGACCUCAGUUGGAUUUAGAUCCUGAUGUAGUUGCUGCUAUGGAUGAUGAUUUCAAUUUUGAUGAUCCUGACAAUGAACUUGACGAUGACUUUGUGGUAAAAGCCUCUGGGCCACUCACAGAUGCUGCACCGAAAUUUAGAAGACUUGCCAAGAUCGAAGACUUACAAGAUGAACUCAGGAUUGGAGACAGUAGUGACGAUUACCCCUCUGAUGGAGCUGAUGCCGAUGAUUCGGAUCAGGAUGAUGAUAAAACUUUCUCAGAAAUUGAAACAAAAUCACAUUUUACAAACUACUCAAUGACAUCAUCAGUAAUGCGACGAAAUGAAGGGCUGACCUUAUUAGAUGACAGAUUUGAAAAGCUUUAUGAAGAAUAUGAAGAUGAUGAAAUCGGCGCUUUAGAUCAUGAGGAGUUAGCUGGACGCAUACAACCCGAUAGUGACAUCCUGAAUGCCGUACUUGGAGAAUUUGAAAAACAUCAAAAACAAAGCAAAGUAACAGACAUCACGGAAGACAUGCCUGGACGCCGUCAAUCAGCCGAGACCAGAGAUAACAUCAGCAUCAACGAAAACGAUGAAGACAGGAAGGGACUCCCAAGUCUAAAAUCUGACAUAAUAGAUAUUGAUUACGGAGACGAUUACAGCACAUCAAGCUCGGAAGAUGAAUUGGUUUCCAUGGUAACAGAGGAACCUAAAGAAGAAUGGGAUUGUGAGACAAUAUUAUCAACGUACUCAAAUAUAUAUAAUCGGCCAACAGUGAUAGAAGAACCAUGCAAGGGAAAAGCCAAAGAGAUUAAACUCUCUGAAAAGACCGGGAUUCCCAAAGAUGUUCUUCCAAAGUCAGGGCCGACAAAAAAACAGAUAGAGAGAGAAGAAUUGGAAUCUGAAAGAAUCGUACCCAAGGGAGCCCCACCGAGGGUUAAAGGUGAAAGUCCUGAAGAACGAAGGUCACGAAAACAUCAAGUGAAGGAGCAACGACGGGAACGCCGAAUUGAAAAGAAAGCCAAUCAAGAAGCUUUCAAAGAAGAAGAAAAACGUCAAGAGAAGGUCAUGAUAAGCCUGAAUCAGAAUUUACAAGGAAUCAAAUUGUCAUGAAUCCUGAGAACAUUAUAUGUGAUGUACAUUUAGAGGAGUUUAUACAAGACUACCUCUCAUUGGCUACCAAACUCUAACACCCAAACAAUUAGCCAAUCAGGGAUCACAUUGUUAAUUCAAUGAAUUCAGCAAGCUGCCAACAAUUCUGUCGUUUGACUGUCUUUACUCUACUUUAUUGAUUGUUCACGUACUGAACAAUGACAAGAACGAUAUUGAUACAUUGUCACAUUUUUAACAAAGUCACAUGUAUACUGCGGUUUGACUUGCCUUGCCUUUAAUAAGAAUGAAGGUUGUAAACUAGUUAUGUCUGUCUUUGUUGUCAUGGUUGUUGUUAAUAAUUUUUUCCGUUUCCAUGGUAACCCAAGUAUUUUUUGUUCUGUCUUUCUCAAACUUGGUUACAUUACAAACAAGUGUAAAAAAAUUGUCAUAUUUUCUUCAGUGAACUCGCCAUUGGAUACAUUUUUUUGUCUGUUUUCCCCUUCUGAUUAUAAGGGCAAAUGUCAGUGUGUCAUUGCCACUCUACCAGGGUACCUUUAGUAUAAAAAUGCACACAAAAAAGAUCCAAAAUUCUGGUGAGUAUUUUUGUUUUGUUUUUCAGCAAAGUAUCCAUUUGUUGCAUCAACAUUGACAUUUUUUUUUAGUUUUUAUAAUUUUGUGUGUGGAGAAACAAUGCUCAACAACUUCCCCUGUUGUUUAUGCCAUAGACAUGAUAACAACUGUUUAACCUUUGAACUUUAAAGUGCCUGUGCAAUGCCCACCCACACGCUUCCCAUUUUAGAUCUGUGCCCCACUGAAAUGGGCAAUUAUUGAUUUUUUUGCUGAAAAUGAUUACUCGUAUCCAAGUAAAUUUAAGAUAUUUCCCGUGAUGUAGC